GCGCAUGCGCAGAAGCUUCCUUGGUGUCACGACACGUACUUCUGCUGUAACUCCAGACACGACCUACAGAGCGUUGGCCUGUUUACCUUGCAAAACCGACCCACCUGUCCAGGUACAGGGCAGCAACCGAUCAGCGCACAUAGCAGUGCUGUACAGAGUUGAUGUGAUGCCAGAGGAUCAGGCAGUGCACUGAGCCUCUCAUGGCUGUCAGCACCAUGGACUCCGAGUCGACCCGAACACCUCAACCCGGGGCUGGCCUGACGAAAGGAGGCUCCUCCCUGUUGCCUGAUGGGAUUCUCGGCGCCAAGUUGGGUUCUCAUGGAAAGCACUAUGUCUGUGGCUCCAUGGCAGCCUUUACCAACAUUUUGGUGACCUUCCCAAUUCAGAAAGUGUUGUUCCGCCAGCAGCUGCACGGUGUGCUGGUUACCGAGGCGGUGCAGCAGCUGCAGAGGGAUGGGCUGAGGAAUCUGUACCGGGGCCUGCUCCCCCCACUGCUCCAGAAGAGCACCACAGUGGCCAUCAUGUUUGGCCUGUAUGAGGACUUCUCCAGAGUAUUACAAAAGCACGUUUGCGGCAGCGGCGUGCCAGAGCUCGUCACACGAAGCUUUGCCGCGGCGCUGGCGGGAACCACAGAAGCCAUCCUCACGCCGUUUGAGCGCGUUCAGACUCUCCUGCAGGAUCAUCGGCACCAUGCGCGCUUCAACAACACGGCGCACACCUUCCGGACACUUCUGACCGAGUAUGGUGUCCGAGAGUGUUACCGCGGCCUCGUGCCCGUACUCCUCCGCAACGGUCCCAGCAAUGUGCUGUUCUUUGGCUUGCGGGGGCCCAUCAAGGAGCUGUUGCCACAAGCUAAUAACAAGGCAGGUCACUUGGUAAAUGAUUUUGUGUGUGGAGGGGUAUUGGGAGCAGCUCUCGGAAUUAUGUUUUACCCGCUAAACGUGGUCAAGGCGCGGGCUCAGUCUCAAGUCGGUGGAGCCUUCCAGCCGUGCCGGAAGGUGCUGUUAACGGUGUGGAGGGAGAGGGGGGGCAGCGUAAUCAUGCUCUUCAGAGGAGCCCAUCUCAACUACCACCGCUCACUGAUCUCCUGGGGGAUCAUCAACGCCACCUACGAGCUGCUACUGAAGCUCUUAUGAAAGGAGGAAUCGACAUGAUGAAAUAGAAGAUGUAUUCAAAGGGAACGCCGACAUGAAGAGGUGGGAGGUGUGUGGAAAGAGAAUUGACGACGUGAAGUCUGUGUGGUUGAUGUCUGACUCUGUUAUUCCAGGACUGAGAGAAGAGAGGGGCCAGCUAAGAGUGUAAGAUAACCACCUGCCAUUGUUACUUUUCAAUGUUGUAAUCAUAAUAAAAUCAAGAUGCACACUUUAGCCUUCACAUAAUUUGUGUCAGGGUAAAAAUGGUAAGCCCUUGUUUGGUCUGAGGAGUGAUUUUUACAGCAUCACUUGAUUUCCUUCACUGUUUUGUAGAAAAAUGUGUUUCUCUGUAUGUGCUGUGUGCUGCUGGAGUUUUGAAAGUGACAUCCCUCUGUUCCUGUCGACCAAAAGCACUUUCUCUGUCAAGCUAAAUUUCUGCCAUUUAAACACUUUUGUGCUUUUGACCAUUGAAAUGUCCAGAGACUAUUUGUCAAGAGAUUCUUGGACUUUUGCCUGUUUAUUUCUCACUUGCCGCUUAUUACAAGCUUAUGAUGAAAAUAUUAAAUUAUUAAUGCCUAUGAAAUUUCUCACUUAUUUUUGGAAUAAGACACAAAAUAUGAAAAUGUCAGGGUUACAACUAAGGGAUGCACCAAUUAGUGCAAUUGGCUGGUUCUGAUCAGCCAUUUCUCUUGAUCAACUGAUCAGUCAUCACCAGGGCAAAAUAUGCUAAUUUUUUUUCAUUAAGUGCAUCAAAACUCUGAUCAGAUUUUUCAGUCUUUAACUAGCAAAUUACUCUAUGAUGUACAAUUCUGAUUAAAGAUAACAAAUGCUACAAGGCAUUAAUGGCAAUAAUCUUGUAAUUCCUUCAUUUUCUGUUGGAUUCAAACCUACUUGUGAUUGUCUUCUGGGAAAACAAAAUCAAACUCAAUGGACGGGUCAGGUCUCAAUGAUGAAACCGCUAAAGAUCAAGUUAAGACUGAUUGGUGCGUCUGUAGUUAAUCUGUGGUUUGUUUUUACCUGUUUUCUGAAGUGCCACCGGCAAAGGUUCUUUGAAUUUAAACAAUCCACACCCAUAUUUGCAGUUUUUUUUUUAUUUGAAAGUAAUUAAAUUAUAUUUAGACUUUGUGAGCAACCUGAAAGUAUACCCCAUAAUAAUCUUGAUGUGCACCUUUGCUCCUUUCACUAGUUUUGGACCCCUUCUGUAAUGCUAAAUAUUGAAAUAAGUACUAUUGAAUGUCCAUUCUCCCCAAUUGGAUUCUGAAACCUCUCUUGUUUUGUCCUGCUGAUAUAUUCUCCUCUCACGGUUGCUCUCCUCCCUGUUUGUAACAUCUGUUGACAUAAUGGGCUCAGAUUUCAAGCUUGAGUAGUUUCAGCCACCACACCACGGUUCUGAGCGUGCCCGACAGCCCAAAGAGGAAAGGCACGUUGCUUGGACAUUUGAGAGGCUGAAGAUUAAUGGCGGAGAGUGAAGACAGGGGCAGAGGGUAAUGUUCACUGGCACAAAAAGCUCAAGCUGCCACGUAAAAUGGACCGUUUGGCCUAAUUUUUCAAAUGUUUUGCUUCUCCUUUCACUCCUCCCCUCAAUGUUCAAGGUUACAUGAGGGUUUUUUUUUUCUCCUUUCAAACAAAAGCUUUUGUAUUCCAGUUUUACAGAAGAGUUCUUCCUGCUAGUUUUAAAUAACUUUGCUUGUAAUUGUUCUGAAAGUCAGUACGUUACGUUCAAACUGUAAAGUUAUUCACUGCAGAUAAAUCAAGUCUUUGAUAUAAAUAAAAACGGAUCUGUUGCCUUGGUGUUUCAGG